AUGAGUCUUCAAAUCAGGAGCCGAGGAGGGGAAGCCGCAGAUAUGCAUAAAGUGCUCCUUGGUGCUCAAGUUGUUGCUGGCUGCGCGGCGGCCCUCGCAAUCUACGUCGCCAUCAACGCGGUCAUAAUACUCUACACCAACUUGUCCUCGCCGCUCCACGCCAUUCUUCCCGCCCCUCCAAUCCACAGCAUAAUCCUCGGAAACUCGAAGCAGAUAGAGGAUAUGGCCCUGAUGGCCAAGUGGUGUAAAGACUUCGGGAACAAUUUCCUCAUGCACGGUCUAUUUGGGGUAUGUUCAGCCUUGACGUUCCCUGAUAACUGGACGCUUAUAGGGGGCCGGGAGAUUUCGCGACUGCAUACUGCGGACCUCAAAGCACUGAACCAUAUCAUGGCCAAGACGGAGAUAUAUCAUCGCCCGGUAGCGUUCCAGCAGAUCAUACGCGGUGUGAUGGGGGAAGGUUUACUCUUUGCGGAAUCCGAACAGCAUAAGCGACAAAGACGUGUUAUUAAUCCUGCAUUUGGCAUCCCGCAAAUUCGGGACAUGACGGAAAUGAUCGUGGGGAAAGCCAUCCAGGCGAGCAUGGUUUAUGACCUUCAGUUUCUUCCGCACUUAUUUCUCCAGCUACGUGACAUCUGGAUCGAUCAAGUCGGCUCUCAGGCCGGCGACGGCGACAAACUUGCAAGGAGUAAAGGGACAACGAUUGAUGUGUUCUCAGGCAUCCGCGAGAUGGCACUCGACGUUAUCGGUAUUACAGGUUUUGGACACGAGUUUAACGCCUUACAGCCGCCGGGAGUUCGACAGGCGGCGCACAAGCACGAUGACCUACAUCAUACGAUCACUGAAUUGUUCCAUUCGCCGUCUGCGGGACUUUACAGGAAGCUUAAGUUGGUGCAAAUACAAAUGCCUCUGUUGAGGUUUCUACCACUGCCAGGAGGCUAUAUCACCAACUUGGCCCGCACUCGGCUGGCGAAAACUGGGGCAAAGAUUGUCCAGAAUCACAAGGCUUCCCUCCUGGAAACGGAAGCGGAUCCAGCAGCCAGCCAGGGGAAACGUGACUUACUUUCGCUUCUUAUGAAGGCCAACAUAUCCGCCGAGUUACCCGACAGCCAGCGAUUGAGCGGUUCAGAGGUUAUAUCUCAAAUCGCGACCUUGUUCAUCGCGGGAAAUGGAAGCAUCAGCAGUGCGACAACUUGGGCGUUGCAUGCCCUGUCCCUGAACAAACAAAUGCAGAGUACGCUGCGAGAAGAGCUGCUUACUAUCAGCACGGACAACCCUACGUUCGACGAAGUGAACGGAUUGCCCUUCCUCGAGAAAGUUGUCCGCGAGACACUGCGGCUGUAUGCACCGGUUCCAUCGACGGCCCGCCAGGCAAUUAUGGACGACGUGCUGCCGCUCGCUCAACCCGUGGUCGAUCGUGAGGGAAGAACACACUGGAGCUUACCAAUACGCAAGGGUCAGAUGGUGCAUAUUCCCAUUGGGGGUGUCAACACAUCCACCGAGACGUGGGGCGAGGACGCGCUAGAGUUCAAGCCCGACCGCUGGGACAAUAUCCCCGCGGCGGCGCGCGAGGUCCCUAGUAUCUGGGGAAAUAUCUUCACUUUCCUUGCGAAAACGCACAACUGCGUCGGGUUUCGUCUGGCCCUCCUCGAGCUGAAGAUUAUCCUGUUCACCUUGAUUCGCGCCUUCGAAAUCGGCCCUGUGGUCCCCGAGAGUGCAAUCGGGCGACGUUUUGGGGGGAUUACGCAGCGUCCGGUGGUUGUCGCGGGGCAGCAUAGGGGGAGCGGCUUGCCGCUGGUAUUGACGCCGGUACAGAAUGUAGCUUGA